AUGGAUGAGCUACCGGUAUCUGCACCUAAGUCGACUGUUGUUGUGCCUUUGUAUAUCUAUCCAUUGACGGCCGAAACUUGGGCUCCACUUUAUGCAGCCAUCGAAUCCAACCCCGAUCUCGAUUUCUUGGUCAUUGUCAACCCCAACAGUGGCCCUGGUGACUCGCCUCUUCCUGAUGAGAAUUAUUCUCGGGAAAUUCCCCGGCUAAAUCGCUCUUCCAACGUGCACACCGUGGGCUAUGUCCGGAUCGACUACUGCAAGAAGCCCCACUCCGAGGCUUAUGCCGAGAUCGAGCGUUACGCCGGUUGGUCCAAGCAGUACGAGACAACUCACCUUGGUGUACGCGGUAUAUUUGUCGACGAGACUCCAAAUCAUUACGCCCCGGACCGUGCCGAGUAUUUGAAGGCAUUGACCAAGUUCAUUAAGAACACUCCUGGUUUACUUGCCGAUCGCUUUGUGGUACACAAUCCAGGAACCCCACCGGACGCCACAAUUGCCCAAUCCGCCGAUAUGUUUUUUAUCUGCGAGGAAUCAUACCCACGGUACCGAUCAGAUGAGGUCCAGAAGUGGUUGGGGCGGUUUAACUAUGACCGGACCCGCGCCGGAGUCAUGAUCAAUGAAGUCCCAAUGGAUGAUUUGGAAAAUCUAGUUCAUGAACUGCGCCACAAGGCCAAGUACAUUUUCAUUACUGAAAUUUCUGGGGAUUUCUACGAGCGCUUCGGUCCCACUAGCUGGGGUGCAUUUAUGCAUGCUUUAAAGUAA